AGGAAAUGCCUGCUUGUGGUUGCUAUCAUUUUCCAGCAUGAGUCUCUUUCCACUGCUGAGGAAAGUGCCUGAGGCUGUUCUCCAUGGCUGAAAACGACCUCCAGAAAAACCCACUUAAGAUAUUGGAAUACAUGGGAAAAGAAAUUAUCACUGGUUUUGUGGAUAAUUUGGUAAAGAACAAUGUGGUGAAAUUAGAUGAAGAAGAAAAGAAAAGAUUUAACAACGCUGAACGUGGAGACAAGCCCAGGGUUUUCGUGGAUGCUGUGAGACAGAAACGUCACGAGGCAGGUCAAAUGCUUAUCCAAACUUUUCUCAAUGUGGACCAGAAGACCAGUAAUAACAAAGUUCAUUUGGAACCCGAGACUAGACCAGCUGAGUGGGAAGAAUCUACUGAUACCCUCAAGCUUUGUUCCCCUGAGGAAUUCCUGAGAUGCUGCACAGAAAGGGCUGGAGAGAUCUAUCCAAUAAAGGAAAGAAAUGAUCGUACUCGCCAGGCUCUCAUCAUAUGCAAUAUAGAGUUUGACCAUCUUACUCUGAGAGAAGGGGCUGACUUUGACAUCACAGGAAUGAAGGGGUUGCUUGAAGACCUGGGCUACACUGUGGUUGUAGAAAAGAACCUUACAGCCAGCGAUAUGGAAUCAGUGCUGAAGAAAUUUGCUGCCCAGCCCGAGCACAGGUCCUCAGACAGCACAUUCUUAGUGCUUAUGUCGCACGGUACCCUGCAUGGAAUCUGUGGAACCACGCAUAGUGACAAGACACCAGAUGUGCUAGUUUAUGACAAAAUCUAUCAAAUAUUCAACAAUCACAAAUGCCGUGGUUUAAGAGACAAACCCAAGGUCAUCAUUGUGCAGGCAUGCAGAGGUGGAAACCCUGGGGAAGUGUGGGUCAGAGACUCUCCAGCCACCCUGACAGACAGCUCUUCACAGUCAGAGAAGAAUCUGGAGGCUGAUGCUGUUCGCCUGAGCCAUGUGGAGAAGGAUUUCAUUGCUUUGUACUCUACAACUCCACAUAAUGUUUCCUAUAGAGAUCCCACGAAAGGUUCUCCCUUCGUCACUCAACUCGUUACAUGCUUCCAAAAAUAUUCCCGGUCCUGUCACAUACUGGAAAUAUUUGUGAAGGUACAACAAUCAUUUGAAAAACCAAGUAUUGAAUCCCAGAUGCCCACCAUUGAACGAACAACACUGUCAAGAUAUUUCUACCUCUUUCCUGGCAAUUGAAAAUAAAACCACAGGAAGCUCAGCUUUCCAUUUCAACUUCAAGAAGUGCAUUUGCCAAUACAGAACAUGCAUUAACCCUCUGAGGCCUGGAUUAUCAUCAAUUUUUAUGAAGUACUGGGACUUGAACUCAAGACCUUGCUCUUGCUUGGCAAGUUUCUACACCAGAGACACAUCCUGGUCCUAAAUUUACCUUUUGUAUAUCAAUAAAACUAAAACAGAUAAACUGUGUUUUUUUGGGUUCUAUAACAGAGAACAGAACUGCAAUUAACAUGGUGAGAGAAUGGACAUGAAAUGGGACAAGCUACGUGGAUUUUUUGGGCCAUGCAAUAUCUGAACUCCCUGAGGAAAGAACUGUCUGAGACUCACCAUCAGCAAGGGCUGAAAGGAGAUGCUGCCUAAAACUACAACCAGAUCUCACUCCCCACACAUUAGGACUACUACAAAAACAAACAAACAAACAAACAGGAAGCUGCAAGAUUGUGAUGUAACUAGAGCCCUGAUAUACUGUGGAUAGGAGCUUAACAAAUACUGAAAAAAAUAGUUCUUGAAAAAAUUAAAUUCACCCAUAAUUUCCACUUCUGAGUGAAUAC